GAACAUCCGAUGCUUCUCCGAUCUCCAUCAUCGUCACACUUCACGGAGCCAAUUCCAGCAAGGAUCCACGUGUGAUGCGUUGCUGGGGAUCUUAUCUCAGUUGAAUUUUGGUGGGCAAGCUCUCACGCUACCGGAUCGGCUCGUGCCUUCACUCAGAGCUUCUUCUUCCUUCACUACAUACGCCACAGAAACACUUCAUUAUCUUUCUGUCUUUGUCGCUUUCAAAGAGUAGAAAGUGAAUCUCUAUUCAGAUCCCGAUCUCUCCUUCAGCCAGCUCUGCAUGCUUCGUGUGUGUUUCGGUGUUUGAGCUAAGACGCUAUGGAGCAUCAUCCUUCGGGAAGCAACUCGUUCCAUGGAGGAGAGUUCAAGAGUUGUCACCCCAAACCGUCUAAGGUCGCUGUGGCGUCCAUGAUCAAUUCCGAGAUUGGCGCAGUUUUGGCUGUGAUGAGGAGGAAUGUACGGUGGGGUGUUCGCUACAUUGGAGAUGAUGAUGAUCAGUUGGAGCAUUCUCUUAUCCAUUCUUUGAAAGAAUUGCGUAAACAGAUAUUUUUGUGGCAAACCAAUUGGCAAAACGUUGACCCAAAGCUGUACAUACAGCCGUUUCUGGACGUUAUACUAUCUGAUGAAACUGGGGCUCCCAUCACUGGCGUUGCUUUGUCCUCUGUCUACAAGAUCUUAACCCUUGACGUCUUUACACUUGAUACCGUGAAUGUGGGAGAGGCGAUGCAUAUCAUAGUUGAUGCUGUGAAAAGCUGUCGUUUCGAGGUAACUGAUCCUGCCUCUGAGGAAGUGGUUCUGAUGAAGAUACUUCAAGUUCUUCUGGCUUGUAUAAAGAGUAAGGCAGCUAAUGGGUUGAGUAAUCAAGAUAUUUUCACCAUCAUCAACAUUUGCUUGCGUGUUGUUCAUCAAUCAACCUCCAAAAGUGAAUUGUUGCAGCGUCUAGCGCGACACACUAUGCAUGAGUUGGUUAGGUGUAUCUUCUCUCAGCUUCCUUAUAUCAGCCCGCUAGCUAAUGAAACCGAAUUAAAUGUCGGUGAUAAGGUGGGAACAGUGGACUGGGAUCAGAAAUCUGGAGAAAGCAAAGUUGAAAAUGGAAUUAUUGAUAGCGUAUCUGUUACUCUCGGCACUGACAAAGAUCCUCGAAGUUCUGAGAUGGUUACUCCAGAAACAGAGCUUAAUAAUGAUGAAAAGGAAACUGAGGUCAGCGAUGACUUGAAUGUUGCUGCGAAUGGUGAAAGUGCAAUGUUGGCACCUUUUGGCAUUCCAUGCAUGGUAGAGAUUUUUCAUUUCUUGUGUACUCUGUUGAAUGUUGGAGAAAGCGGUGAAGUCAAUUCUAGGUCCAACCCUAUAGCAUUUGAUGAAGACGUUCCUCUUUUCGCGCUGGGUUUAGUUAAUUCCGCUAUAGAACUUGGAGGCUCUUCUUUCCGUGAGCACCCAAAGUUGCUGAGUUUGAUUCAGGAUGAGUUAUUCUGUAACUUGAUGCAGUUUGGUAUGUCAAUGAGCCCUCUGGUUCUUACUACAGUUUGCAGCAUCGUCCUUAAUCUCUACCUGAGUUUCCGUACUGAGCUUAAGGUGCAGCUUGAAGCUUUCUUCUCAUGUGUACUUCUGAGAAUUGCACAGAGCAAACAUGGCUCUUCUUACCAGCAACAGGAGGUUGCUAUGGAAGCUCUGGUUGAUUUUUGCAGACAACAUAAUUUCAUGGCUGAAGUGUUUGCGAAUUUUGAUUGUGAUAUAACCUGCAGUAAUGUGUUCGAAGAUGUUUCAAACUUGCUAUCGAAGAGUGCAUUCCCAGUGAAUGGGCCUUUAUCAGCUAUGCAUAUACUUGCGUUGGAUGGGUUAAUUUCCAUGGUUCAGGGAAUGGCUGAAAGGGUUGGUGAGGAAUUGCCGGCGUCAGAUGUUCCUACACACGAAGAAGGAUAUGAAGCAUUUUGGACAGUGAGAUGUGAGAACUACGGAGAUCCUAACAUAUGGGUUCCCUUUGUCCGUAAGUCAAAGCACAUCAAGAAAAGGCUGAUGGUUGGGGCUGAUCAUUUUAACAAUGAUCCUAAAAAGGGUCUGCAACAACUCCAAGCGUUGCACUUGCUGCCGGAGGAACUUGAUCCAAAGAGUGUUGCGUGCUUCUUCAGGUAUACAUGUGGGUUAGAUAAGAAUCUUAUAGGAGAUUUCCUGGGAAAUCAUGACCAGUUCUGUGUUCAGGUGCUUCAUGAGUUUGCCAAGACGUUCGACUUCCAGAACAUGAAUCUUGAUAAUGCCCUGCGUCUCUUUGUGGGUACAUUUAGAUUGCCUGGCGAGUCGCAGAAGAUACAGAGGGUGCUUGAGGCGUUUUCUGAGAGAUACUAUGAGCAGUCACCACAGAUACUGAUUGAUAAAGAUGCUGCCCUCUUGUUAUCUUACUCGAUUAUCUUGCUGAACACAGAUCACCACAACACGCAAGUUAAGAAAAAGAUGACUGAAGAAGAUUUCAUCCGUAACAACAGGUGCAUAAACGGAGGCGCAGAUCUUCCUAGGGAGUACCUAUCUGAGCUGUAUCAUUCAAUCUGCGACAGUGAGAUUCAGAUGAUCCCAGAUCAGGGAACCGGUUUCCAAAUGAUGACAUCCAGUCGGUGGAUUAGUGUGAUUUACAAGUCCAAAGAAACCAGUCCCUAUAUCAUAUGUGACAGCACAUCGCAUCUGGACCGUGACAUGUUUCAUAUCGUGUAUGGUCCAACUAUUGCAGCUACAUCAGUGGUUUUUGAGCAAGCAGAGCAAGAAUAUGUUUUACAGAGAUGUGUUGAUGGGUUAUUGGCCAUUGCAAAACUUUCAGCGUACUAUCAUUUGAAUAGGGUAUUGGAUGAUCUGGUUGUGUCUCUCUGCAAAUUCACGCCAUUCUUCGCUUCAUUAUCUGUUGAUGAAGCUGUUCUUGCUCUAGGAGAAGAUGCCAGAGCUAGAAUGGCUACUGAAGCUGUUUUCUUGAUUGCAAACAAAUAUGGUGAUUAUAUCAGCUCGGGCUGGAAAAGCAUCCUGGAAUGUGUCUUGAGCCUCCACAAACUCCAGAUCUUACCAGCUCAUAUAGCUAGUGAUGCAGCGGAUGACCCGGAGCCAUCAACUAGUAACACAGAGCAAGAAAGACCUUUAGAAAAUCCCGUGUCAGUAGUAGUAUCACAGGCACAACCCUCAGCAGCGCCUAGAAAAUCCUCUAGCUUUAUUGGUCGGUUUAGCCAGCUUUUGUCUUUUGACAUGGAAGAGACAGAACCAUUACCAACUGAGGAAGAACUGGCAGCUUAUAAACUCGCUCGUGGGAUAGUGAAAGAUUGUCACAUUGAUAGCAUAUUCUCAGACAGCAAGUUUCUCCAAGCUGAGUCUCUGCAGCAGCUUGUUAGCUCUCUCAUAAAAGCAGCCGCGAAAGAUGAAGCUAGUGCGGUCUUUUGCCUUGAGCUUCUGAUUGCAGUAACUCUGAACAACCGAGACAGAAUCCUACUGAUCUGGCAAACUGUUUAUGAGCACAUCUCGGGUAUUGUUCAGUCAACGACAACACCUUGUCCGCUUGUUGAAAAGGCUGUUUUCGGUGUCUUGAAGAUUUGUCAGAGAUUAUUGCCUUACAAGGAGAACCUAACAGACGAACUUCUGAAGUCACUCCAACUUGUUCUCAAGCUUGAUGCAAGAGUGGCUGAUGCGUACUGCGAACCCAUUACUCAAGAAGUUGCUCGUCUUGUAAAAGCGAAUGCAUCUCACGUAAGAUCUCAUGUUGGUUGGCGAACAAUCAUAUCUCUGUUAUCAAUCACAGCUCGGCAUCCAGAAGCUUCUGAUGCUGGAUUCGAAGCUCUCCGGUUUAUAAUGUCAGAAGGAGCUCACUUACUACCAUCAAACUACAUUCUCUGUUUAGAUGCAGCUAGACAGUUUGCUGAAUCCCGAGUCGGCGAAAUCGAUAGGUCUAUAUCAGCCAUCGACUUAAUGUCAAACUCUGUGUUCUGUCUUGCGAGGUGGUCUCAAGAGGCGAAAAAAUCGGUGGGAGAAGAUGAAGCUAUGAUGAAACUAAGCCAAGAUAUUGGAGAAAUGUGGCUCAGGCUUGUGAACAACCUCAAAAGAGUUUGUCUUGAUCAGCGCGACCAAGUGAGAAACCACGCCAUCUUGAUGCUGCAGAGAUCUGUAGCCGGUGCAGACGGGAUCAUGUUACCGCAACCUCUAUGGUUCCAGUGCUUCGACUCCGCAAUCUUCCCAUUGCUAGACGAAUUGCUCGCUGUUUCAGUCGAGAAUUCAAGAAAGACAUUCAAGAAAACGGUUGAAGAAACGCUUGUGGUCGCCACAAAGCUCAUGUCAAAGGCUUUUCUUCAAUCUCUCCAAGACAUCUCGCAGCAACCAUCGUUCUGCAGACUCUGGCUUGGUGUAUUGGAGCGUAUGGAGACUUACAUGUCGACCAAGUUCAGAGGAAAACGAAGCGAGAAAGUCCAUGAACUCAUACCGGAACUGCUGAAGAACACGUUGCUGGUGAUGAAGACAACGGGUGUUCUAUUACCAGGUGAUGAUAUCGGAAGUGAUAGUUUCUGGCAACUUACUUGGCUUCAUGUUAAGAAGAUAUCUCCUUCUUUGCAAUCUGAAGUGUUCCCUCAGGAAGAGCUCGAUCAGUUUCAGAGACGAAACGCAAAGCCUGAAGAUACUCCACCUGCGGUGGUGGUGGAGUAGAAAGAACUUGUGUUCCAUACAGAAGAGAAAAGCAUAUUAAAGAAGUUUUUUAGACACUAUCCAAGUUUUUUUUUUUUUGCAGUAUAGCUUUUUGUUUGGUUAUAGGGAAUUAUUAUUAUUAUAAUACUUUGGAGUUUUGAGCUUUGGACUUUUAUGGAAUGCACGUUGAAAUUAUGGAUUUGAUUGGAAAUAUAUUUUGGAGGCAAUUCAGAAAAGUGUUGGGCACAAGCCCCACAAACCCUUUAUUGAGUUGCGUAUAAGAUGGAUAAAAUGAGCAGUUGAAUUGCGUUUGAGAAGAACUUAUUUACCGGUUUAUUUUGGAUUUCAGAAGUUUCUGAUUGGUGAGGCCUAACAUAUUUAAGGCUUUGGAGUUUGUUAUGCUAGCUAUGUUAGCUAAAGAAGCAAGAAGAAAAGACCAAAACUAUGUAAUAUCUUUAAGUUGUACUUAGGUUAGUGGCACUGUGGAUGAAAUGUGAAGUAUGUAAGAACUUUCACAAGUUACUUAUUAUAUUGGUUUGACCAAAAGAAUUGUUCUCCUUUAUCAACGAGUGGGGGCACACCAAAAAAAAAGAAGUGUAUGUAGAAUAAUGCUUGCUCAAAUCCUAUAACAUAUUUCCGAAGAUCCCUAGAAAAUACUAACUAUUCAUUCUCGCCUCAUCUAUUUUCCGAUUCCGACACCGUCCGUUUCUGAUCAGAGAGUAUCUAAUCUAUUUGGAACAAUGAGUGAGGUGUUUAACGGAUACGAGCGCCAAUACUGCGACCUCUCUGCCACUCUUUCCAAGAAAUGUUCCUCUGCUCUUUCCCUUGACGGAG